AUGAGCGCGGAUCCGGAGGUCAAGCGGGCUAUUGAAGCACAUAGACAGCAAACUAUCGUGGCUAAUCAACAGAUCAACAUCCUCAAUGCCCAGCUGGAGGCUCUCACAAUGAAACACAGAAGAUCAGAACUGGUCGAGCAGGAGCUUAAGGCGCUUCCUACCGAGACGGUAGUCUACAAGGCGUUAGGCAGAAUGUUCCUUAGGAAAAGUGUGAACACUAUCACGGAGGAUAUAUUGAAGGAGCGCUUGAUCAUUGAUAACAAUAUGGAAACCUUAAAGGUAAAGAUUUGCAGUUUGCAGAAAAACAAGGAAGCCGUUUCGAGCAACCUAUCGGAAUCCAAGGAAGCCUUGCGAGAACUGCUGAGCUCCAAGCAGCAAGCAUAG